CAGGGCUUAUAUAGAGUUAGUGCAUAUUUGUUGGUCCUUUAGCAAAGCCUACUUAUUGGGUUAUCUAAGUAUCUGGUCAAUCACCUCUAUAGGAGUUUAUUAUGUUCUUCGCACUUUUGGGUUCGGUCUCUUUUCAUUGGUAGUCGCUCUCGAGAACUUAGUUAUCUUAUGCACAUCAGGUGUAUGACGAAAUGCCUGAAUGAAAUUUAGAGACUUAGCUCUAUUUCUAAGGUUAUAAAGUUUCUUCCUUUUCUAUUCAGAGUUGGUGGAGUCUGCUUAAUUUAUGUUCUUGUGUAAGUCUUUAAGCCACAUGAGUCGCUGAGUCCUUCCAAAUCGAAUAAAUGGAAAAGGGAAACCCUUUCGUUGCGUCCUUACACGAAGUAGAGAACCAGCUCGAACUAUCGCUGCGUCAAGCCUUUGUGAGUCUCGAGCCGAAGUUACGGCCACCCUUCUCUCUGGAUAUCCCAGACCAGCAGGAGUUUCUUGAGCUCUGUAGAGCGAUCGUUUAUGCCGUGUUAUGCGAUUCUAAUCACUCUAAAACCCACAUUAAGCAUUUACAUGCUCUGGUCACUGAUGGGUAUGCGUUUUUCACUAGUUUGCUUGUUGGAGUCGUUGUUGAACUGUACGGCAAACUUGUUGACUCAGCUAAAGUUCAGCUGCUUUGGUUAACAAGGGAGAUGAUUGGUGUUUCGAGUGUGGGACUAGAGGAGUUGCUUGUUUCUUUGCUGCGACGCAUUGGAAGUGGGGAUUAUGGUGAUCAGAAUGUUUGGCUUUGCUCUGAACUGGUGAGCUUGUUUCUUGACAGAUGGGGUUGCUUGCUUGAAGAUAUCCCCUUGGUCUUGACUAGUGCUCUCUACAGUUUCCUUCGUUUGUUAGCGGAUCAUUGUAGGGUCUCAGGGAUACCGAAACUUGAAAACCUGAAGAGACUAGAGAUCAAGUUUUGUGUCAAAAUGUUUAAGGAGCAGCUGCAUUUGAGUUUGAAGAUUGGGAGGGAUCUUGUCCGGUUAUUACAGGACCUGGUUCACAUCUCCGAGUUCAAAGACAUAUGGAGUGAUUUUGUGUGCUCUCACAUUUCACAGAUUUAUCAGUUGAAGUCUUCAAGUAGAUACUUCCUUCUCCGGAUCACUCCUGAGAUGGAAACCCAGUUAAGAUUUUUGCUUGGGAAUGUGAAGCUUGGAAGCCAUAAGCGGCAUCAGAUGUGGUUCUUGAAGAAGUUUCUCCUGGGUCCUGAAAAAGAAACACUUUUGGUAGACAUAGUCCGGUUCAUCUGCUGUGUUGUUCACCCAACCAACGAGAUCAUCAGGUCAGAGAUCAUGCCAAGAUGGGCUCUUAUAGGUUGGUUUCUAGAACUCUGCAAGCAGAAUCCUCAGGUCGAACAAAGGGUUAAGCUGGCUCUGUUCUAUGACUGGCUCUUCUUUCACGAAAAAGUAGAUAGCAUUAUGAAUGUUGAACCUGCUGCUCUCUUGAUGCUAUGGUCAAUACCUCAGUAUCUACACAUCACUAACUCUUUACUUGAGUUUUUGCUUCGUCUUGUAGACACUUACGACAUAACCCGCCGAGAUAUGAUCAUGAGAGGCGUGGCAUCAGCUUUUAGAGAGAUUGAGAGAAAGGGAGUUGUUGAGUCGCUGGAUAUGUUUCUAUCAAGUCCUGAGAUUGCAACAGAUCUAAAGAAGAAGCUAGCAAACUUGUUGUCAUGUCGUUAGGACAUCUACUGAGUUCUUUAGAGCUUUAUGUCAUAACAAAAUAGUGAAGUACACUUCCGUAUUUAUGAUGAUAUUUUACACAUCAACACAUUACACAGAUCAGCAUAAACUUGUUCAUAAUGGUUUUAAUUUUCAAA